GAGGAGAUCCCGAUCCGCUUCAGCGUAAGUGGAGAAGUUGACGCAAUAUGCCUAGUACCAGCUCAGACUGUGCAUAGUAGCUCGAUAAUAUCAGGGCACCCAAUCGAUAUAUCAAAAGCAUUUAACAUAGAAUCAAUUCUAUCCGACGAUGGCAUCGGCAUCGGUGUCGGGCUUCAUCCCAGAAACCCUCCAACGGCCUGCACCCAACGAUAAUGACUAUCUCGCAAAACCCCCCAGCACAUGCUGCCUCUCAGGCACUCUACACACUGGCACUCCCCGCGGCGCCCAUGAAACCAUCGCCUCGCUCGAUACCUACAUCGUUAAGCCCCCUUCCUCAAGUGAGAAUGGCCACGUCCUGCUCUACUUCCCCGAUGUUUGGGGCUUCUUCGCAAACGGCUUUUUGGUUAUGGACGCCUUUGCAGACGCCGGGUACCUAGUCCUUGGCCCAGACUAUUUCCGCGGUGAUCCCGUGUGGAAGCAUCGCACGGAUGGGGUGAGUGAACCGGGGUUUGAUUAUGAGGAAUGGAAGAGGGUGAAUAUGGAGUUUGCGGAAGGGGCGGUACCAAAGUGGGUGGAUGAAGUGAGGGAGAGGUUUGGGAAAGGAAAGAAGUUUGCUUGUGUUGGGUAUUGCUUCGGCGCGCCGUUUGUUUGCAACGAGCUUUCGGAUGCGGGAAUUUGCGAUGCAGGAGCGUUUGCGCACCCGGCGUUUCUAAAAGAAAGCCAUUUUCGUUGCUUGAGGAAGCCAUUGUUCCUGAGUUGUAGUCAGAUUGACCAUACGUUUGGGACGGAGGACCGGAAUCGUGCAGUGGGAAUGUUGACGGAGGAUGGGAGGGAGUUCCAGGUGCAGUUGUUUGCUAAGGUAAAGCAUGGCUUUGCAUUGAGAGCGAACCUGGAGAAUCCUUACGAGAGAUAUGUAAAAGAGCAGAGUUUGAAGGCAAUCGUUGAAUAUCUAGACUUCUGGUUGACGCAAAAAUUGUGAUCUGGAAGUCUAGCUGCCGACCUGUAGAUGAGGUGCAAUACAACAUAGUACUUAUGUAUUAGUGUCCACGUCUGACUCCACCAAU